CAUAAGCGCACUGAUGCUUAUAAAAAUGGCAGUGAGGACAUGAAACAAAUGGAAAGUAAGAGAAGACGGAGACAACAUAUCAAGACGGCAUUGCAUAUGAUAUCAAACGUACAAAGGUUGAAAUUUAUGUAACAAUGCAUUAUUGGAUUGCUGUACUCCAACUAUUUUGCGUUCUUCCCUUUAUUUCUACUAACUACCAAGUGGAAAUAAAAAAUAGUCUAGGAAGGCUGUCAUCUCACUUCAUUUUAAGAAAUAUCAGUACUUCCAGCAUUCAUCAGUGUCUGCACAACUGUUUCGAAGAAAGUUCCUGUUUAUCUUUUCAAAUUUGUGGUACAGUCUGUCAACUUCUUUCCACUAACGCAAAUGAAAGAUCUUUAGAAGAAGAGGAUCAAUGUAUUCAUUUUACCAUGAACAUUUCUAGUAUCAAGUUCAAGUCAAAAUAUUGUACAGAAAGCUUCCAGUUUCCAUCGUAUUGCUUUAAUAAUGGUACGUGUCAAAAAUCAGCCGCUCCGUACACUGAGACAUGUAACUUUUGUGAAUGUAAAGAAGGAUUUGUUGGUAAACGGUGUGAAAAGAAAGCAAUAUCUUGUCAAAAUUUUCAUGGCCAGUCUGAUGGCUGGUAUACAAUAUAUACAAAUAAAAAUAAAAUGGCCAAAGUUUAUUGUCAGUUUGAUUCCGUGAAUGUUUGGACAUUGGUUAUGUCCUAUAGCUUUAAACUACGUUCUCAAUAUAGAUAUCAACCAUAUUAUAAAAAUUUUUCUCGUAACGAAAUGAGUGAAACAUGGGAAGAUCACAGACUUUCUUUCAACGCAAUGAUGAGUAUAAAAGAAGAAGGAAACACGUUAUGGCGUAUCACGUGCUCAUAUGGUGACAAAGACUGGAAUAAAACAGAUUUGGUUGUUGCAACCCAUGAAAAUGCACCAAUUUUGAAACUGAAAAAUUACGGUGUCGUUUGCCUAAAUGUCAGUUUUAUCGAUAUCAAAGGCCACAACUGUACAAAUUGCAGCAUUCCUUUUUGGCAAAAUGACAAACUUAUUUUUCAUACAGACAAUACCCAUGCCUCAAUUAAGUGCAAUCUGAAGAAUUUCCAAUCAUCAGUCUGUAGCGAUAUAGGAGAAGAUAAUUUUGGAUAUUAUAAUUGCUAUGACACUGCACAUCGUUGUGCAUCAUCAGAUAAUGCCACAACACAAUUAUGGUUUGGUCAACGCCUAAAUUCGAACUGAUAAGUACUAUGUACGACUUUUAAGUGAAGCCAAUUGAUAAAAAAAAAUUAAUUGGACGUUGUUGAUAUAAAAAUUUCAAGUAAAUACAGCUACUUAUAGAAGAGACGGGCAUUAUUUAAAAUAUUUAGUCAAUCGUAUUAUUAGUGAAGAGAAUUCUACUUUGCUAGUUUAAGUUUACUGUAAACAUAAUUAUUUAAUAAAUAAUAGGGAAGAACUGACGAAUUUUGAAAAAAUUAAAAUAAAAGAUGGAACAGCUACUUUGCUUUUUAAGUCAAACAUAAAUAUUUUGUUUGACCCUUAAGUUUCUUUAAAUAAAUUGAUUGAUAAA